UAAAAAGGUAUGGAUUCGUCUAAGAUUUCAUUAUUACUCAUUUCCCUCGUUGCAGCCCUAUCCCUGCUCCAUUUCACUCAUGCACAAAACUCACCCCAGGACUACCUCAAUGCCCACAACAGUGCUCGAGCCGCAGUGGGCGUGGCUGGCUUGAAAUGGGACAACAACCUAGCAGGUUAUGCGCAAAGAUAUGCUAAUUCACAUAUUCGUGAUUGCAAUAUGGUGCAUUCUGGUGGCCCUUAUGGCGAAAAUCUUGCGAAGAGCACCGGCGACUUGUCAGGCACAGAUGCUGUGAAGAUGUGGGUGGGAGAGAAGGCGUACUAUUCUUACAACUCUAACACAUGUGCUCCUGGCAAGGUUUGUGGGCAUUACACGCAGGUGGUCUGGCGCAACUCAGUACGUGUGGGUUGUGCCAAAGUGAGGUGCAACAAUGGAGGUACCUUCAUUUCGUGCAACUAUGAUCCCCGUGGUAACUAUGUUGGUCAAAAGCCUUACUAAUCAGGGUACUCGAUCAGAAAACCACUAUAUAAUAAAGCUAAUUCUAAGAAUAAAGUACGUGAAAUAUGGUAUGUUUCUUGUAAGAUCAUUUGCGUACAAGCAUGUUUAAGCUGCUUAGAAGACGAAUACAAUAUAUAUGGUAUGUAGAGACAAUCAAGAAUGACUUGAUCGUUGGAAUAAAUAUAUGGCUGCUAUAUAUUUAAUUAUGAAUUUUGAACACAAGUUAUCUGCUUCA